AUGAGUUUUUCUGCUUUGUAUAACUGUCACAAAAACGUACAAGUUCAGAAAAAUGACAAAAAGUAUUCAUACGGAGGACAUCCAUUAACCAACUCUGGGAUAUUUGCUAUGUUACCUAAAGAUAGUGCCUAUUUAGGUGAAAAUUAUUCCUAUAAAUUAACACUAACAAUUGGAUAUACUGACUUUACAGCUUCAGAUGUGAAUCUCUUAUUGGAGAGUAUGACACCAGAUUUCAGUGGUGAUCAGUAUCAUUUACUGCAUAAAAAUUGUAAUCAUUUUGCAGAUGCAUUUGUUCAGAUACUUUGUGGUCGUUCAUUACCGAAAUGGAUAAAUCGGUUAGCUACAAUUGCAGCUAAAUUACCUUUUAUUGAACGAUCCUUACCAGUCGAAUGGUUAACACCUCAUCAACAGUUUGCAGAUCAAAUGAAUGAUCAGCUUGACGGUGAAUCACAACAAUCACCUGAUGAAGAGCAUUCAAUCAAUUCGAAUACAACAGCAGCAGGUAAUUCACAUUCACCUUUCCGUCGUUGGAGUGCUAUUGAUCGUCUACAGAAUUCUCUACUACAUCGUUUUCAUCAUAAUACUACAAAAUAUGCUAAACGUCCUACAACACAGAAUCGUCAUCGUAGAUCACUGACGACUAAUGCUAAAUAUGAUACCUGUUCACUAUUCGAUCUACCAUCCGAUGAGAAUACAGUUGAAAAUGAUACUGAUUGGUAUGCAUUUAUUACAGCUCAGUCGACGACCACCUUAUCUGAGCCUAAUAUUAUUAGUAUAUGUAGACAACAGGGGGUGAAGAAUUGUUCCAGUGACUCGUCAACAAGUAAUCCUACAGCUGUUGUCAAUUCUCGAAUCAAAUACAAAUUACCAUCCUACCCUACCAUGCCACCAGAACCAACCAAACUGAACCGUUAUCGUGAUCCAUCAGUAAUGUUAAUAAAAGAAGUAGAGGAUUCGUCGUCCUCUUCGUCCUCCUCCUCCUCCACAUCAUCAGAUGCAGAAAGUUCGGAUUCAGACAAUGAGUCACUUCAUCUUGAAGAUGUCGACUGA